AUGAAUUCUAUUGAUUUGGAGAGAUUGGAUGAUUACAGUCCAAUAACAAAUAUUCUCCAGAUCAAUUAUCCUGAUAUCACUAUUCCAAAAUCCUUAUCAGAAGAAAUUAAAAAUAUCUUUCUCAAAUAUUCAGACAAAACACUAGAAGGAACCGAAGAAAUCAUUAAAAAACUCAAAACUGGUGUGUCUGUCGACGAGAUUAAAGAAGAAUAUGACUUCCCUCCGCCAAUUAAUUACAAAGAUAUCGAUUUUAUAUUGAAGUAUCAAGUUACAGAGAACAAAGGUCAUUUAUACAUUGGAUACCAUCUUUUACGAUCAGCUGCCCUUUGGUUUUUCGCAGAUAAGUCUUAUCAUAACAGAGAAACCUUCGAAUCAGUCUUUAAAUCGAUUGAUUAUGCAAAUCAGAUCAUUUACAGACAAUUGUCUUCAGAAUUAUUUAUGUUUUACUGCUCAAAUGUCUUUCAUUAUUAUUAUGAUAAAUUUACUGAUGAAAUAAGGCAGUUAUUCAUUAAAUUCAUUAAUGAGCGGAGAGUUAAGAUUGCCAAAUCACUCUCAGAAUCUCUUACAUCUUAUCAUCUGAACUUUAUGAAACUCAUUUUACAAAACAUGGAUAUUCCGACCAUCGUAUCGUUAAUUCAAACAUUUACAGAUAUAUUCAAUGAAAGCAAUUGUUCAGCAGAAAACUUGCACAAAAUUUCUUCGAAUUUCAAGUUUUUCAUACCAAAAUUGAAGCAAGAUAUAGAGUCCCAACAACUAUCAUUAUGUUUACUUGAUUUCUAUACUGUUCUUGGCAAGAUUUCUCAGCUUACAAAAGAAGAUUCAAAUGUCAUUUACAAAUGUCUCAUAAAGACAGAAGAUAAGCAAGAUCCAGGCUAUCACAUCUACAAGAUAUUGAAAAGAAUCAUUGUUGGCAAGCCAGGAAGCACAAGAAUCCGCAAUGCAAAUAUUAUUUUUAAUUUCUUGCAAAUUUUCAUGCAUUCGUCCAGAUCAACCGAUGCAUUCACAUUCAUACUCAAUCUCUGCCAGCAGCAUGUCAGUAAUAUCAUCAUUUUAAGUGACAAUGAUGUUGACUAUGAUUUAUUAAACCUUAUUCGCGAAAACGAGCACAAUUUAGAUAUGAUACAUAUCAUAGGAUUAUCCCUACAGCUUGUUUCUUCAAUUGCCCAAUUCUCUUCCACUCCAAAAGUUGUUUCAAGAUUAUUGUCACUUUUGAAGCCAAGAAACGGCUUUUUGUCAACAUUGCAUGCCACUUAUAUUGUCAUGCAUUUCAACCUUGUUGAGUUAUCCGUCAAAUCACCGAUUGCCGCUCUUCCUCUUGGCGAAAACAAACCAACAAUUUUUGUUGAAAGUUUGCCAACGAGUUGUUUGAGUGAAGAUUUUUACAUCGGGUUCUGGCUUUAUGUUUUAGAUGACACUAAGGAUGUUGUUACCAGUCUCUUCCGUAUUUACGACAACAAGGACAGAUCAUACAAUAUAAACCUGAUUGGAAAUAGAAUCGAGUUUUCAAUUCCUGAAAAUUUUGAACAUUUCACUUUUAAUUUUGACAUCAUUGAAGACAAAUGGACAUUUGUUUGUUUAGGCAUGGAAAAGAACUCUUCUAACAUCAAUGUCAAUCUCUAUGUCAAUGAUAUCAAAACACAUGAAAUAAUCACUGUUGAAUCCUUGAGAUUAGACAAAUCAUAUAAUGUUUCUUUGGAUAUUGGUUCAAAUGAAAAAGGAAGAUGUUAUUUGGGACCAAUUGGGUUCUUCGAUAAACCUGAGAAUUGUUUGAUGAUGUACAAGAUGGGACCAAGAAUAUUCGAUAGACCGGCAAUGCUUUACAUUGUCCCUCAAGUAAUAAAAUCAAAUUUAGUUCUCUCACAAAAAUCAAAUCAAAAUGAACCUGUAAAAGCCGUUCUAAAAAGUGACAUAAAAUUCAGAGUCCCUGUCACUUUCUUCGAUAUUUUGACAAGGAAUUUCAUGUUAGAGAAUUUGAUACCAUUAUUCAGAACAUUAGAUAUGAAACUAGAAAGUGGAGAUUUAGUUCCAAUUUUCAGUGGAGCAGUUAUUGAUAUAAUUAUUGAUUCUCUUUCUUCUUCGAAAUUUAUUGAAGAUGAAUUUGUAUCUCAUCAUGGAUUUGAAGUCAUUGCUGAGUGUUUGAGCCAAAGCAAUCAAAGAAAUUUGAUUUAUACAACAUACCAAAAGUUUUAUUUCACUUUUAUGACUUCUAAAAAUGAGAAACUCAAAAAAGUGAUUUUGAAAGAAAUUUUGGUCAAUCCUGAUAUAUGGAUUCAUUCAACAGACCAAGACCAAAAAUUCAUUGUUAAAGAUUGGGGAUUAACUCUUUACUCGAAGCACUACAAUCUUUGCAAAGAAUGUUGUCCAUUCGACUAUUUAUUGAUGAUUUUGAGAAUUUAUUAUUGGUACGAACCUGUUGAACAAGAAAUUGCUCAAUGUACUCCUAAUUCGAAAUACCCAAGAUUCUCAAAAAUCUCCAUCAAAGAAAUCAGACAAGAAAUCAUAUACAUUUUGGCAAUGAUUUCUACAAAAGAUUUCACUGAUGACAUGUUCAAAUCAUUGCUUGCUCACACUGUUGCUUGCAAAGAUUUGAAACAAGUUGUCGACUUUUUGUUCUUGAUUAGAAUAAUGAUUGUUAAUGAAGAGCAACCAUUCAAUAAAGUCGAAAACUCAUGGCCAUUGUUUAAUGUUUUGCAUCAUUUGGUGAAUUCAGGAAACGAAGACAUCAGUUUCGCAGCAAUUGAAACAAUUGCAGCUUUACAUUUAUUGGAACAUUUCUCAACAAUUCCUGUGAAAUAUCAUGUUGGUGUUUUGAUUGAAGAAUUACCACUUUCAAGUUUGUCCAUUGAUUAUUUCGCGAAGUUAAUUCCAUUGGUCAAUAAAUACCCUGAUUUCUAUCCACUCUGUUUCUACUACGUUCUUCACGAAGGAGAGAAAUCAUGUGGUGCUUUGAUCCAAUAUAUUAACAUCAAUGAACAAUUCGCGAAAAGAAGAUCUUGGGCAUUUUGGCCUGUCGUAACCGCUUUGACAUUUGGCGGAGAGUUUAUGGAGAAAAUCAUCGAGUUCAUUGCUAAAUGCACAAAUGAACAUUGGAGAACAACAUUCGCUAUAAUAGAUGUUGUAGCAAGAGUUCUAAAAGUCGAUGACACAAGGCCGAAAUCAAUUUUCAUUCAUUCUGUCGUCAAAAAUCUUUGGGAACAACCACUUUUGUCGUUCGAAUAUAUGCAUGAUUUCUUCGAUUUGUGCAUUUUCCAUUUGUUCUUUAGAAAAGUAACUCAUAAGUUGAGUUCCGUUGAAGAGAUUCUCCAUGAUAUCGAUCCACAAAUGGAAUACAAAAAUGAUGAUUUCGAUUUAAGUGAAGUGACUUCAGAAUCAAUUUCAAUGGAAACUUUACAAUCCACAGAAAAUUUGGCAGAAAUCAGACAGAAUUUCAAUCGUUAUGAAUUUGUUUCCAAACUUUCUAAAUUGGAGAUAAAUGAUGAAUACACAUUUGGCUUGAACUUGAAUAAAGAUGGUUCAUGGCUUGAUGCAGAAUGUGCAAUAGAUGUAAUAAAACAAGCGAGAAGAAUGAAAGUAGAAACUUAUCAUAAUUUCUCAGCGAUGCUUGCCAAAUUUGCAUACAAAGAUGUUCCUGAUUUAGCUAAAGAACAAAUGGAAGAACUGAUCAAUGACAAUGUCGCAGACCAAAUGUACAUUGACAUGAUGAAUGGAGAGAAUUUGGAUCAUACAGAUUGUUUCGAAAGAAUCAUCAGAGAUACAAGAGAACACAAUGAUACAAUUGUUAAUUACAACAAAGACGUUGUUGAAAAAAUCAAACACAACUUCGAGAAAGUUCUUAAUGGCAUGGCAACAUUAAUUGAUACAACAGAUAACUCUAUUUUCGCUGAGUUGCAUCAAAACAUUUUAGGUUUCAUCGCUGAUGACAUUUUGAUGCAUAAUUUCUGCAAUAAAAGAAGAGAAACAAUCGAAAAUUCUGUCACUACAAAGACAGGACCAUGGUUCACGCCGAAAUCUCCUUCGAAAGGAAGAAUGAUCUCUAGAUACAAUUGUUAUGAAAAUAUUCCAAUGAAAAUGAUCGAAUUCAAUGAGAUCCCUCAAAUUUCUGAUACCCUUGAAUAUUUGAGAGACAAAUACAUGAUGUCAGAAAUCCCACAAAUUCCAGAUUUCUGCGAGAUCUCGUUUAACGAAGAGAACGAGAACCUGAAGAUUGUUUUGACCUGCGACAGAAUAGAAGUCACAGGAACAACUCGUGCGAAAUUAUUUGUUUAUUCUGAUUGUUUGGAAAUAAAGAACAAACAACAGAUGAUAAAUAUAGAUGCAAGAGCUGUUAAACAAAUCCUCUUCAGACCAAUAAGACAUUUACCAACUGGUCUUGAGAUUUUCACAGUUUCAAAUGAAAGUUAUUUGUUGAAUUUGGAUAAAUUGAAUUCUCUCACUCUGUUGAGUGGAAUUUCAAGUCUUUCUGCUUUCUCGCAAGCGGAAAUACAAACAAUGAAACCUCUUGAGUACUUCAAGUCAAGGAAUUCAACAGAGAAAUGGAUAAACCACGAGAUAACUAAUUUCGAGUAUUUGAUGGAAUUAAAUAACAUAAGUGGUCGCUCAUUUAAUGACCUCACAAAUUAUCCUGUUCUCCCGAAUUUCUUGGCAUUGGAUGCAGAAUCUCAUUUGAUUGUUAAGGACUUCACUGAUAUAUCUAACUACGAUUUAUCUCGUAGACAUGUAAUUGAUUUAUUGAGCUUUGCAGAGCCAUUUAAAUCAUAUUCAAAGAAUCCAAGUAACGUAAGAGAUUCGAUACAAAGCAACAUCUUAGUUCCUGAAUACUUCGUUUGUAUCGAUGCUUUCAGAGAUGUUGCUUUACCAUUCGGUUUCAAUUGUUCUGAGAAAUUGGUAACUUUAGUUUAUGAAUCAUUUGAAAAUGAUUUAGUUAGCGAAAGUUUACCAACAUUCAUUGAUAAUUUCUUCGGAAUUCUCCAGAGUAAGUUCGAUUUCGUUGAUGAAAAUGUCUGGAAGAAAGCUCCUCCAACUGAUAUCUCUUAUUACAUGUCAAUUGUCGCGAGAACAGAAGAAGAAGGACAAUUACCUUCGCGAUUGUUCAGUGAGAAACAUCCUCAAAGAAUGAAGAUAGAAAAGGAUAUCCACCUUGAUUUGAUUUCUAAGAUCAAGCCGAAACCAGAACCAUUAGAUUUAGAUCCAGAAGAACAUGAUUUGGAGAAUAUAACUGUCAGUUUCAGGAUCGAUGAUGAUUCAUUUAUUUAUGGAACAAAAGAUGGAUACAUCGUUAGAUCUAAUCCAGAUAUCAAGAAGAAAGUAUCAGAAGAAUCAAUUGUUUGUAUCUCUAUUGAUAGUUCUUUGAUUUGCGUUGGAUGUGCUGAUUGCAAAUUUGUUGUUUUGUACUCAAAUACUCUUGAAUAUUUCGCACAUUUCCCAUUCUUUACAUCUCCUAUCAAAAUUGCAAAUCUUUCGGAGAGAUUUUCAAUUGUUUUCGGAUCAACAAGUGAAUAUAUCUUCAUCUACAGCUUGAGUACAAGAAGAAUGAUAAUGCUUGUUGAAACAAAUAAGAAAGCUGUUUGUGCUUGCAUGUCUAAUAUCUAUGGAAUUAUUUGUUUCUCAUUCGGAAAAGACUUGUUUACUUACACUUUAAACGGUGACAAAUUGUCGAGUAGACAGUUUGAAUUCGAGGCAAACCACAUGGAGUUUAUUUCUGAUCAGCAGAAGGAGAUUUUGGUCUUUACUGAUGGAAAUAACACUCAGUUCUUGGACCUUGUUGCAUUAAUGUAA